UGCAAUCAUGACAUUUAAUGGUAGUUGGAAAGUGGACCGAAGUGAGAACUAUGACAAGUUCAUGGAAAAAAUGGGCAUUAACAUGGUGAAAAGGAAGCUUGCAGCUCAUGACAAUUUGAAACUGACAAUCACACAAGAAGGAAAUAAAUUCACAGUCAAAGAAUCAAGCACUUUUCGAAGUAUUGAAAUUGUUUUUGAACUUGGCGUCACCUUUAAGUACAGCUUAGCAGAUGGAACUGAACUCACUGGGAGCUGGAACCUUGAAGGAGAUAAACUCAUUGGAAAAUUCACACGGGUAGACAAUGGAAAGGAAUUGAUUACUCUCCGAGAAAUUAUAAGUAACGAACUAGUCCAGACUUACACAUAUGAAGGAGUUGAAGCCAAAAGGAUCUUUAAAAAGGAAUAAGCAUGAUUCUUGGAGCACAGCCCAAAACAUAAACUGGAUGGAAGAUCAAUAUUGCACAAAAACUGUUUUUCGCCGCACUUCAAGUAUAAGGUUAUUGACCAAUUAGUCUUUUUAUAGACAUUGGUAUAUUUCCAGUCUUGCCAAAGCAAAAGAAGUAAAAGAUAAUUAGGAUUUAAUCUGUUUUAUAUUCUGUAAAAUAUACAUUUACUGGUGUUUGAAAAGAAUUUGAAACUUUUUUUAAAACAAAAAAAAUAAAGAUUGUUCCCACAUUGACUUAUAAGU